AUGGAACCGAGUGCUAGUUCAUCGUUCACAGUGAUCAUCUCUUUCCGGAUGCUGCUGGGGUCACUCAGGAAGCCGAUAAUAGCAGUCAGCACUCCUGCAUGCCCCAGUGUUGCUCAGUGCAGGCGUGAUCAAAGAGCGGUUCUCGCCCAAGAAGAAGGCACCACGGACUGGAUGCUGAAAAAUAUGCUGGACACCCAAGGCCUUUAUCAGUCUGCCAUUCAGCUCUAUGGAAUUGAAGACCUACCAGUCAUUGUUCCCAAUGUUCGCGACGCUGCGGGGAUGCUCAUCCAUCCAUCCGAAUACAGCCAGAAGAUCACUGCGUCUGUGACUGUCGUGGUGGAGGCCCGAUCUGGACUUUUGGUCCUGACGAGAAGCAUCCGAACAGCUCGAGUUUACCAGACAGCAUUCAGGUUCAUGAGGCUACUGCCGACAGCCGGGGUUGCCUGGGGCCUCUUCAACAAACCCGCGACCAAGGCAACUGAUGUCAGAGGGAAGCGCAAGGCCGAUAGACCGGCAGGACAGGCUUUGCCUGCGAAGAGAGGUGCUGGCCAGAGUAAGGCUGCCUAA